GUCACAGUAGCAUCUCUAGCGCUAGACAAUCCCCUUUCAUUCUAUUUGAAGAGUGUGAUCUGUUUUUUCACAGGCGCACCUUGUCCCCUCCUCAAAUUUUUACCCACACUCCCCGCAGUAGCCGGCUACUAUUAUUCGCGGUUGUAUAUUUUGUUUGUUGUAAAGGGAGAACCUACGAACGGGUAGACACUUCAACGAAGUUACUUUUCGGCACAAGACUUUCGGCGCCCCCUGAAGUUGACUUGCUAAUUUUUCUUUUCAUCUUGGGACAUGACCGCAAUGGCUUCCCCGGCUUCCUCUGCUCUUCUCCCGUCCGCUCCCGUCGGCCACCAUCCGCCCUCGAUCUCCACCUCUCCGGCCAACAACUCUCCGCCACCUGCGGCCACCUCCACCUCCUCUUCCCCGACACCUCCCGCCGUGGCGCACCCGGCGCUGCUUCACACCUUCAGACCCGAUCUCCUACUCCCACUCCCGAACGGCGGGACCACGUCGAUCAACGCCAUCAAAAAGACCAGCGUCGUCCCGACGAUCAGCGCGGGCAAACCCGCGUACGCCACCCCGUCGCCGGUGGAGAACACGCCACAGAACAACGAGUGCAAACUGGUGGAGGUGAAAGGUGCCAAGCUGGCCUCUUUCACGGUGAAAGACGCCGAGCUGAUUUGCCUGCCCCAGGCGUUCGACCUGUUCCUCAAGCACCUGGUCGGGGGGCUCCACACGGUGUACACCAAGCUCAAGCGACUGGACAUAACCCCGGUGGUGUGCAACGUAGAGCAGGUCCGUGUGCUCCGCGGGCUCGGGGCGAUCCAGCCAGGGGUGAACCGCUGUAAACUCAUCUCCAUCAAGGACUUCGAGGUACUCUACAACGACUGUACCAACGCAAGCUCGAGGCCUGGCCGACCGCCGAAGAGGCUCCAGAGUGUGACAUCUUCAGAGUGCGGCUCCCACAUGGUGUCUCACAGUGGGCUUAUGUCUGCUGGUAUGAUGCCCCCUGCAGGUCUCUCUGCUCUGGCCAAGAAGAUCAAGUUGGAGGUGAUGAGUGGUUACCAUGGCAGCCAGCGGCAUGGAGGCCCAAACGGAGAGAAUGGUGAUCACAACCCCGGUCUAGGUCUGGAUCAGCUGCCCUUCAUGAUGAUCUCACAUCCGCUGAUACCCGCUAGCCUGGGGCAGGCCUCCGUUUCCAUGGCGAUGGGCCAGAUGAACCGACUCAGCACGUUGGCCAGCAUGGCCAACGCGGCGCAGCUCCACCACCAUGCCAGCCACCAGGCCAGCCACCAGGCCAGCUUGCAGGCCCGCCUCCCGGCCUCCGUCAUCAAGGAGCGAGUCCGGGACAAUAGCCGAGUGUUCCUGCAUGCUACUGGCAUGUACUGA